UUAUUAUGAGCAUACACACACACACACACACACUGUGUGGUCUAUAAUGUUGAUUUGUGCUCGGGUUUUAGAUUCCCAAAUUAAGUGUGGAUGGCCUGUUUCGCUUGAUUUAUUUGUAAUGAGUUCAGUGUGUCAUUAAUGAUCAGAAAUGCGCAAACCGACAACACAUGAUCAUCGGAACCGCGGCGGACAUGCUCAGUGUUCAUCCUGGACUACACUUCCCAGCAUCCUCUAAACCGGAAAUAAAGGCAGCCGUGCACGUGUACUGUGCUGUCGGUUCUCGAGAGCGAGCAGCGGCGUGUAAACGGAAAACUGACACAAACCGAUGAAACCGAGUGAAACUGCGCGGGAAACGGAGACCGAAGAUGCCGGGAGCAAAGGAGCGAAUGAGAGAGAAGAAGAUGAAGAAUCAGCCGAGGAGUGUUCAGUACAGCAGCAGAGGUCAGGGGUCACAGGCGUCCGGCUGGGUCAGAGGUCAUCAGGCGGAGGGUCACAGAUACAGUCAGGACCUGCCCAAACACAUCACAGCGUCGUUCUUCGCUGGAGCGCGCGCAGCUGAGGUCAGUGUGAUGCUGAAGGCGGUCAGUAAACCCACGGGCAGCUGUCAGGUGUUCACUGCGCUGCCCAAACACAUGCGGAGACGCGCCAUGAGCCACAACACACACCGACUGCCCCUGCGGCUGCGAGACGCCGCGCUCAGACUGGCGGAGCGCAGUCAGCGUGGCCCCGAGAAGCCUCCACAGGCGAAGAGCCGCAGCCGCCGCGCACGCCGCCGACACACACACCUGCUGCUGGAGUUCAACCGCAGACAGAGGAGGAGCCGCUGGCUGGAGACGCACAUCUGGCACGCCAAACGCUUCCACAUGCAGAACAGCUGGAGCUACAGACUGCCACACACACCCACUGCCAAGAGCUACAGAGCCAGCUACAGGGCCAUGGACACACACACACUGCUGCAGGAUUUGUCAUAUUUCUGCUGUUUGGAGCUUCAAGGACCUGAAGAGCAGAUACUGAGAGCGCUUUCCCAACUCACCAGCAAGCAGACAGGCCCCACGUUUGCAGCGAGUGUGUGUCUGUCCGGUGCGCGUGUGGGCCGGCUCCUCCUCUACAGAGCGGGUCAGUAUCCUCACGGUGCUCUGGGUCCGGUUGAGUUCCUGUGGAGGCCCCGGGCCCCUGAGUGCACACACAGACAGCUGUGGAUCUGGAUACACCCGGCCCUCAAACAGGACGUGCUGCCGGAGCUGCAGGCGGUGUGUCAGUGCUGUGAGAGUGUGUGUGAGGUCUCUGCUUCCUCUUCUGCUGCUGCUGUGGAUGAGCUGAGGAACAGGAAGAGGAAGUGCACUGCAGACGCUGCUGAACUUCCUGCUAAGCGGCUGCUGGGGGACGGGACGCGUGCAGUCGGGGAUCCUGUGCGCUGGGAGUCUGCCGACACACACAUCACCAUCAGUGACCUCACCAUGGAGAUCGUGCGCUUUCGUCUGAUUGGUCCUCUGGCCCACCUGGUGCUUACAGACACGCUUCAUGCAGCCAAUGAGGAGGCGCUGAGAGGAGUGUGUGUGGACGCAGAUCUCCAUCAGCAGCAGAGGGACGUGUUCACACAGCUCAGAGGUGUGUGUUCAACAGCAGAGCUCCCAGCAGGCUGUGUGUUGGGGCUGACUGUCAGUGACCCCAGACUCACCUUACCUCAGAGACGCGGUAAAACUGUGCCGGACCUGCAGCACAUCAGCACAGAGUCUUCUCAUGCCAGAGAUCUGACACUCAGAGGAGUUCCCGCUCACUGCAGUCAGAGUGCAUUGUGGGAUACAUCUGUUCGUGAUCAUGUGACAGACAGCCGAUUGUCUGAGCAGGAGUUGAACCGCGUGCGCAGUGAUGUGCUGGUGCCGGGCUCUGCAGUGUGUGUGUCGGGUGUGUGUGCGGUGCCGCUGCUGCUCCUCCAUCAGCCGGGUCGUGUGUGUGGACAGGAGCGUCUGCGCUGGGGCUCCGGCUGGGACCUGCUGCUGCCCAAGGGCUGGCAUGCUUGUGUGUGUCAGGAGUUGAACCGCGUGCGCAGUGAUGUGCUGGUGCCGGGCUCUGCAGUGUGUGUGUCGGGUGUGUGUGCGGUGCCGCUGCUGCUCCUCCAUCAGCCGGGUCGUGUGUGUGGACAGGAGCGUCUGCGCUGGGGCUCCGGCUGGGACCUGCUGCUGCCCAAGGGCUGGGCCAUGGCCUUCUGGGUGCCUCUGGUGUAUCGUGGUGUGCGUGUCGGUGGUCUCCACAUGAGUGUUAAACACGCUCAGUUCAUGGCUCAGCCGCACUUCCCUCACGAUUACCCAGACUGCCCUGCAGGAGAGCGCUGUCAAUCAGAGCAGGAGGCGGAGCUUCUGGAGAAGUUUAAAAGGCGUCCUCCCUCCAAACGCACAAACUACGUCAAACACGGCUGUGUGGCGCCGUUCCGUUGCCCAUGGCAACAGCUGGUGGAUGAGUGGGCGGAGCUUGUGGAGCUGGGCGGAGAAACACAGAGCAGAGCCGGCCCAGUGCAGUUCACUGUUCUCAGGAGUGUGUCGGUGCUGCGGCAGCUGUCUGCGUGGUGUUCGUCUGCAUCUGCGGUGACCCCUGCGGCGGCUGCAGCGCUGCAUCAGGAGCAGCAGGGGGCGCUGCUGUGGGUGAGGCUGCGGCUGCUGGGUAAGGGCCGCCCGGAGCUGCACGCAUGGGCCGGUGUAUGA